AUGGAUCUUGAUGUUCACCUCGUUUUCGAUCUCGAACGCACAGAGGAUCUUGAUUUUGUUUUGGAGUUCGACCGUAACUUCGAUCCGGAAGGUGUCUUGGAAGUUGAGGAAGGGCAGUCUAAAAUUAGUAAAAUUGAAAGAUACAAAACUUUAAAAGACUUCAACAGUCGCGUCAUAUCAAUGGCGUCAGCGAGUCAAUAUGAUUAUCAUUGUCACAGUAAUAUGGUGCAAACGCAUCCAAAUUUUUUUCAUAUGGACUCUUCGACGUCAUUUUGCUAAUGUCAAUGUGAAAAAUCCGUAUUUAGUUAGCCAUUGAGUUGAUAUGACAAUUUCACAGUCGGCUGUUAGCCAAUCAGAAACCAGGAUUUUUUAAAGUAAAAAAAUAAUACAUAUUGUUGUUGCUUUACCUGCAGCUUGUAAAGGUCCACCGUUGGAUCUGCAGUUUUCUGUUGAAGGGGUUUUUUCAGAGAAAGUUUGCUUCCCUGAUCCAGAAGGUUUGGAUCUCGUUAUGGAUCUUGAUGUUGACCUCGUUUUCGAUCUCGAACGCACAGAGGAUCUUGAUUUUGUUUUGGAGUUCGACCGUAACUUCGAUCCGGAAGGUGUCUUGGAAGUUGAGGAAGGGCAGUCUAAAAUUAGUAAAAUUGAAAGAUACAAAACUUUAAAAGACUUCAACAGUCGCGUCAUAUCAAUGGCGUCAGCGAGUCAAUAUGAUUAUCAUUGUCACAGUAAUAUGGUGCAAACGCAUCCAAAUUUUUUUCAUAUGGACUCUUCGACGUCAUUUUGCUAAUGUGAAUGUGAAAAAUCCGUAUUUAGUUAGCCAUUGAGUUGAUAUGACAAUUUCACAGUCGGCUGUUAGCCAAUCAGAAACCAGGAUUUUUUAAAAUAAAAAAAUAAUACAUAUUGUUGUUGCUUUAGCUGCAGCUUGAAAAGGUCCACCGUUGGAUCUGCAGUUUUCUGUUGAAGGGGUUUUUUCAGAGAAAGUUUGCUUCCCUGAUCCAGAAGGUUUGGAUCUCGUUAUGGAUCUUGAUGUUCACCUCGUUUUCGAUCUCGAACGCACAGAGGAUCUUGAUUUUGUUUUGGAGUUCGACCGUAACUUCGAUCCGGAAGGUGUCUUGGAAGUUGAGGAAGGGCAGUCUAAAAUUAGUAAAAUUGAAAGAUACAAAACUUUAAAAGACUUCAACAGUCGCGUCAUAUCAAUGGCGUCAGCGAGUCAAUAUGAUUAUCAUUGUCACAGUAAUAUGGUGCAAACGCAUCCAAAUUUUUUUCAUAUGGACUCUUCGACGUCAUUUUGCUAAUGUGAAUGUGAAAAAUCCGUAUUUAGUUAGCCAUUGAGUUGAUAUGACAAUUUCACAGUCGGCUGUUAGCCAAUCAGAAACCAGGAUUUUUUAAAAUAAAAAAAUAAUACAUAUUGUUGUUGCUUUAGCUGCAGCUUGUAAAGGUCCACCGUUGGAUCUGCAGUUUUCUGUUGAAGGGGUCUUUUCAGAGAAAGUUUGCUUCCCUGAUCCAGAAGGUUUGGAUCUCGUUAUGGAUCUUGAUGUUGACCUCGUUUUCGAUCUCGAACGCACAGAGGAUCUUGAUUUUGUUUUGGAGUUCGACCGUAACUUCGAUCCGGAAGGUGUCUUGGAAGUUGAGGAAGGGCAGUCUAAAAUUAGUAAAAUUGAAAGAUACAAAACUUUAAAAGACUUCAACAGUCGCGUCAUAUCAAUGGCGUCAGCGAGUCAAUAUGAUUAUCAUUGUCACAGUAAUAUGGUGCAAACGCAUCCAAAUUUUUUUCAUAUGGACUCUUCGACGUCAUUUUGCUAAUGUGAAUGUGAAAAAUCCGUAUUUAGUUAGCCAUUGAGUUGAUAUGACAAUUUCACAGUCGGCUGUUAGCCAAUCAGAAACCAGGAUUUUUUAAAAUAAAAAAAUAAUACAUAUUGUUGUUGCUUUAGCUGCAGCUUGUAAAGGUCCACCGUUGGAUCUGCAGUUUUCUGUUGAAGGGGUCUUUUCAGAGAAAGUUUGCUUCCCUGAUCCAGAAGGUUUGGAUCUCGUUAUGGAUCUUGAUGUUGACCUCGUUUUCGAUCUCGAACGCACAGAGGAUCUUGAUUUUGUUUUGGAGUUCGACCAUAACUUCGAUCCGGAAGGUGUCUUGGAAGUUGAGGAAGGGCAGUCUAAAAUUAGUAAAAUCGAGAUACACAACUUCAAAAGACUUCAACAGAGAAUCAGGUUUCUAGAAUGUAUACUUUUUCGACUGAACAUCUAA